AUGUACAUCUCCGCUCAGUACAUACAUACCUCUUCACCCGAUAAGCACAUCGACGGUAGACCCGAUCGCCACCCGAAGAUCAGGUCUCAAACCACCGUUCCGUACGGUUCGUCAAAAGGUGUUCACACCUACAACACAGCACUCCGCGCGCACACACCUCUACCCAUAACUACACUCCAUCCAUCCAAACUCUUCACUCACUGGAUCAGCUCCGCUAUCGCUUCCCGAAAGUCGACCCAUUCAUAUCCAAUAGACAAACUCUUUGUCCACUGGAUCAGCUUCAGACAAUAUCCCCAAACAACAUCGGGUGUAGUGAGGGGUCAGACAUUACGUGUGCUCAACAAAACUGUUGACCAGUUUUUGAAUAUACCAUACGCUGAGCCCCCGAUUGGAGCCCUCAGGUUUGCCAAACCCGUGCCAUUAAAACAAACUAUUAAGAACAUUAUCAAUAGGAUGAAUGAAUAUUAUGCGGGUCAUACUUGUAUACAAUCGGGUCGUUUGGCUCCGUUUAAACCGCUCAGUGAAGACUGUUUGGUAUUAAACAUAUGGACACCAAAUGCGGGCAAUAAUAACACAAACAAAUCACAGCUCAAACCCAUUAUGUUUCACAUACACGGCGGCGACGGUUUAGACACUGGAACUAUAUUCUCAACAUUAUAUAAUGGUAGUUUUCUGGCCGCACACGAUCUAAUUAUUGUGUCGGCUAAUUACCGAUUAGGACAGUUGGGCUUUCUAUACGGGGAUCGGGAGGACGCGCCCGGAAAUGUGGGCUUUUAUGACCAGUUAUUGGCUCUCAAAUGGAUUAGAGAAAAUGCUGAACAGUUUGGCGGAGAUAGGGAUCAGAUGACCAUUUUUGGUGAGAGCGCCGGGAGUUGGUCGGUGUCCGCACACAUACUCUCCCCGCUAUCCAAAGGCCUAUUCAAGAGGGCUAUUAUGGAGAGCGGGUCUGUUAUGUUCGGGAAAGGGAUGGAACCGAUCACUAAAUCCGAGGCAUUAGUUUUGGCCAAAAAUACUGCCAAACAAUUGAAUUGCAGUGAAUCUGAAGAUUGGUUGAAAUGUCUGAGAGGUGUGGACGCACUCGAGUUUCCCAAAACGAUUACCCACGAAAUCCUAUUACAAAAAUUUAUCACAUUUCCAGUGUUUGGCACAGAAUUUCUGCCUAUUUCUACACAAAAAGCAUUUGAAAGCAAACAAAUCAAUUCAGACAUCGAUUUAAUGGUAUGUCUGGCCAGUGAUGUAGAAGAAUCACAGGACUGGAUAUCAUAUCGAGGAUCCGUUACUAAUAUAUCCGUUGAGAUAUUUAAACAAAUGGUUGCACAAUCGGGUCAACUCGGCUUUCAUCAAAUCAAUACUCAAAAUGUGACCGAUUUUUACCUCAAAAAUGUCAACACUACCGACGAAUCGGCACUUUUCUGGGCUUUCCAUCGGUUCGCCAGUGAUAUGGCAUUGAAUUGUCCGACAUAUCUAUUCGGACAACAAUUUUCCCGAAAUGUCAAAAAUAAUGCCCGAAAUGUGCAGUUCUAUGAACUGAAUUAUGGACAUAGAUCUAACAUUGAAGCGUUUGGUUACGAUCCGGACACUAUGCGAAUCGAUCACAACAUCGAUAUGCCCUAUGUGUUUGGCAUACCAUUUAAUCAUGGUUGGGCAUAUAGUAAACAUGAUCGUGAUUAUAGCAUUAAUCUUAUGAGAUUAUGGACUAAUUUUGCAAAAUACGGUAAACCCGAUAACAAUUGGCCAAAGCUUUUGACAAACAAUACAUUUAUUAUCAAAGACUUGAAUCCAUUUAAUACGAGCCGAGUAUUGGAUAAUCCCUUUCAUAGCACUUGCGAUGGCUUUUGGAGGGAUUAUUAUUUGUAA